AUGCUAUGGGAGGAUGCGCUCCUCGACGCGAAAAAGGUCACCGAACUCAAUCCUUUGUCUCAUGUUGGGUACCAGUUGACACAUGCAGCUCUGCGUGGUGCGCAACGUUACGACGAAGCCAUCGAGGCCUUCACAGCCAUGUUGUCCAAGUUGGAUGAUGCUCCCGAACCGCACAUACGAGAUCUGCGUCAGCUGUAUGUCUGUCCAUCCGAAGUAGAAGAUGCUAUUCAAAGGGCUGUUUGGAUUGAACUCGAAUAUGCUCCGCUACGUCUGCUCAACACCUCAACGGGUCUUUUGUGCGACCGAGCAGCACAGCUAAACUUCUUCAAAAUCAGUCCAGAGUACAAAGACCUUUUGUCAUUCAUAACGAAGCGUGAGGAUCUCCAAAUGGAACGCAUCAAGGAGGUGGUGGCGACGCACUUCCGUUGCGUCCUGCUAUCACACAGGUGGGAAGAGACGGAGGCGCUGCCGCACCACAUCCAGGAUAAAAAUGUGCGCGAGUUGAAGGGACUUGGUGGCAUCGCGAAACUGCAGUCGUUCUGCAAAAUCGCUCGCGAUGCGGGGUAUUUCUGGGCGUGGAUGGACACAUGCUGCAUCGAUAAGAGCAACAACGUCGAGCUUCAAGAAUCGGUCAACUCCAUGUUCGUCUGGUACCGUCACUCAGCGCUCACCAUCGUCUACCUAUCCGAUGUCCCUCCUUCAUCCCAACCUGGCGCACUGGCGAGAAGUGUUUGGAACGAGCGGGGAUGGACCUUUCAAGAAUUCGUCGCUCCGAAAGUCGUUAGAUUUUAUCAGAAGGAUUGGUCGUUAUAUCUCGACGAUCGCUCUCCCAACCACAAAGAGUCCCCAGCAAUCAUGGAGGAGUUGGAGAGUGCGACGGGAAUAGAUCCACAGGCCCUGAUCUCCUUCUGUCCAGGGAUGAGAGACGCUCGAGAGAAACUGCAAUGGGCAUCGAAGCGCGUCACCACUGUGCAGGAAGACAUCGCGUACUCAUUGUUUGGUAUCUUCGACAUCCACCUACCUGUAAUCUAUGGCGAGAGGAAGCAGAGCGCGCUCGGGCGGCUCCUGCAGGAGAUCGUGUCUCGGUCGGGCGAAAUCACUUCCCUGGACUGGGUCGGACAAUCGUCCGAGUUCAAUAGUUGUCUUCCAGCCAGCAUCACCUCAUAUGCAACCCCGCCAUGCUCCCUAUCAUCAUUGUCUGAGGAUGAGAUUCAGACGGCGGUCUCUUCGUUGCAAAACAUUGUAGCUGUGGAUUCAGCUUCGGAACUGUACGACCUGCUCGAGAACAUGAAUACUCCUCUCUUUGCAAACUGCAGACUCCGUCUGCCUUGCAUCGCAUUCCGUGUCACGGAAGUCAAACGGAGGCGCGGUGACGCUGCUCAUUCCACGUAUGGAGUGAAAGCAGAUGGGCUUCGGGACUUGCAGAUCACCACGGACGAGACACUAAUUCAGUUCUCGCGCGCAAAGCCUACUCGACAGACUUUCUUUCUUGUCCGCCCAUGGGAUCGUCGCCUCCUUGAGCUGCCUGACUUUGCAGACGACGCGGAGAGCGUAGAGGAUUGGUCUGAGUCCGAGUCGUCUAACGACUCACUUGGAGAAGAGGAGUUAUCAGUUCUCUCGGAAGUUCACUCGCGAUCAUUGCGUUUGAUGGUUCACCUUGGGCAGGCUUUCAACGCACUUUUACUAGCGCAGCAACGCGUUGGAGAAUACAAGAGGGUCGCGUCGGAUCAUAAUAUCACUGCGCAGGUCAAAGACACGGCUUCGAUUGACAUCAUGAACAUUAGGACCCUAGACAUAUUGUAG